AUGGACGAAGACCUCGCCGCUCUCGUUCUCGACAAUGGGUCAGGCAUGUGCAAAGCGGGUUUCGCGGGUGAUGAUGCACCUCGCGCUGUUUUCCCAUCCAUCGUUGGUCGCCCACGUCACCACGGAAUCAUGAUCGGGAUGGGUCAGAAAGACUCCUACGUCGGUGACGAAGCAGAGUCAAAACGAGGCAUCCUCACGCUUAAGUACCCAAUUGAACACGGCAUCGUUACCAAUUGGGACGAUAUGGAAAAGGUUUGGCAUCAUACCUUUUACAAUGAGCUUCGCGUGGCUCCCGAGGAGCAUCCUGCCCUCCUAACUGAAGCCCCAAUCAACCCCAAGUCGAACAGAGAGAAGAUGACACAAAUCUUCUUUGAAACAUUCAAUUCGCCAGCAUUUUAUGUUUCUAUUCAGGCUGUCUUAUCUCUAUAUGCUUCUGGUCGCACAACUGGCAUUGUUCUUGAUUCUGGGGACGGCGUUAGUCACGUUGUACCAAUUUACGAAGGGUUUGCAAUCCCGCAUGCUAUCUCUCGUAUCGAUAUGGCGGGACGCGACUUGACCGACUAUCUCAUGAAGCUUCUGACAGAGAGGGGCUAUUCGUUUUCCACCACUGCCGAGCGCGAGAUUGUUCGCGAUAUUAAGGAGAAGCUUUGUUAUGUGGCUCUGGACUUUGACCAGGAGCUCGAGGCGGCGUCGAAAAGCUCGGCUCUGGAAAAAACUUAUGAGUUGCCAGAUGGACAGGUACUCACAAUCGGCAAUGAGCGCUUCCGUGCUCCCGAAGCUCUCUUCCAGCCUGGCGUUAUUGGCCUAGAAACAGGUGGCAUUCAUGUAACAGUUUUCAACGCCAUCAUGAAGAGCGACGUUGAUAUUCGGAAAGACCUCUAUGGGAACAUUAUCAUGUCAGGAGGUACAACCAUGUACCCAGGUAUCGCCGACCGGAUGAAUAAGGAGAUCGUCGGCUUUGCCCCUUCGUCGGUAAAAGUCAAGAUCGUUGCGCCUCCUGAAAGAAAGUACUCGGUGUGGAUUGGAGGCUCUAUUCUUGCUUCUCUCUCAACCUUUCAGCAAAUGUGGAUUACCAAGCAAGAAUACGACGAAGCUGGCCCGUCUAUUGUUCACCGCAAAUGCUUUUAG